AUGACUGCUCUAGCGGCUUCGCUUAGUUCGUCUGCUUACGCGGGUGUUAGUGGUCAGCUUGGCGAACAGUUUAAUGUUGGGUCUGAGGUAGUUGUCCUAGGGAUCUCGUUGUUUGUCUUAGGUUUCGCUGCCGGACCCUUCUUUUUCGCUCCUGUUUCAGAGCUCUACGGUCGCCAAAUUGUCGUCAUCGGCUCUUACAGCGGCUUGGCGAUUUUUAACGGCGCAGCAGCAGCAUCUCAAAAUAUCUGGACACUUAUUAUUCUCCGAUUCUUUGCUGGCGUCUGUGGUUCGUCCACUCUUACUAAUUCAGUAGGCCAAGUGGCCGAUAUUUUCGAGGCCGAUCUGCGAGGUCUCGCCAUGAGUUUGCUGGUGCUCGCACCCUUCGUGGGCCCCGCGCUAGGCCCUAUAAUUGGAGGCUAUAUUGGAGAGGCUGGAGGCUGGCGCUGGGUCCAAGGUUUUAUGGGCCUGUUUACUGCCUGGGCAGGAGCACUCGCUGCCUUGGUGACCCCGGAGACAUAUGCACCGGUUCUACUUAAACAGCGAGCGCGAGUGUUAUCUCGGCUGACUGGAUUAGUCUACCGCAGUAAGCUGGAAGUAGAACAAGGACAAAUAACACUCGCCCAGACGCUGCGGACCGCCAUUAUCCGGCCUUGGGUUCUGCUUAUUCUGGAACCCAUUGUACUCUUCUUGUCGUUGUGGAUUGCCAUUGUCUAUGGGAUGCUCUAUAUGUUUUUCGCUUCCUUUCCAAUAGUCUACCAGGAGAUUCGCGGCUGGAGCCCUGGGCCCGGUGGACUCGCCUUUGUCGGAGUUGCCGUGGGCAUGGUGGUGGGGGUGCUGUACGCGAUUCCGGAAAAUUUGCGCUACAAUCGAAAAGCUAAAACGGUUGAUUUCAUGCCUCCAGAGGAGCGACUAUGGCCCGCUCUUGUUGGAGCUCCUCUAAUUCCGGCAUCGAUGUUUUGGUUUGCUUGGACAAAUAGUCCUAAUCUCUCCGCUGCGAUUUCCAUUGCAAGUGGAGUGCCAUUUGGGUUUGGCAUGGUGAGCAUCUAUCUGUCUAUCGCUAACUACUUGGUCGAUGGAUAUCUUAUCUACGCGGCUUCAGCUUUGGCCGCGAAUGCAUUACUGCGUUCGAUUUUUGGUGCCGUAUUCCCCCUUUUUACAGAUCCUAUGUAUCACAACCUGGGGAUUCACUGGGCUAGCUGUAUUCCAGCAUUCUUAGCCCUGGCGUGUGUGCCGCUUCCGUAUUUGCUGUUUCUGUACGGUGCCAGGAUCAGAAAGCGAUGCAAGUACGCCGCCGAAGCCGAGAGAGUACGACUGGCGGUCACGAGUCGUCGUUAA